UUUUCGGAAAGCGCGGGAGCUGCUUUAACGCCAAGCUUUUACUGCUGCGAAUCCUUGUCUACGUUCUUAAAAACUAAAGGGGUGUGACUGGCUUCUUCCUGAGCCAAUCGGCAUAGAGUUAUUUGCAUAGGCCUGUACCAAACGUUCACAAACUCUAGAAACGGAUGAUUUAAGAGAGUUCUUUUCCAUACUGUUUUCCCUUCUGAAAGCUGCAGUGUGCCCUGUUGCUUGUAUAGCAGUAAAGAUUAGGAAAUGCCAUGGGAGCUCACCCUCACCAAUAGUGGAGUUGGUGGACAUGCCACCUUCUCUCCAGGGCGAGUUCCGGUAGUGUUACAGCUCUUUUAGAAUUUGUCUAGUAGGUUUUCUGGUUUUUGCCGGAAAACCCCCCACCAUACAGUUUGUCUUUAACAAUAGAAUAAUUUUAAGUAAGCUGUAAGAAUUUCAGAUUGUAGGUUAGCUCACUGUUCUCACGACGAGCUCGUUAUUGGUUGUUAAAAAUGGAGAAAUGGAAGCGGUACCGUGAGGUUUCCGGCAUAAGCUGAUGCAAUUUCCCUAUCGCCCCACCCGCUGGGAGAGCCGCUCUAGGAUAUUGCUUGUUUCUCCUGGCUGUUUCUCGAGCGCGGUUGCACGUGUAUCUUUUGUUCUAUGGCGACCGCCUCUGCUCAAGCUGCAGCGUUGAGCGCCGAGCAGGCCAAGGUGGUCCUGGCCGAGGUGAUCCAGGCGUUCUCGGCGCCGGAGAACGCCGUGCGCAUGGACGAGGCUCGGGACAACGCGUGUAACGACAUGGGCAAGAUGCUGCAAUUCGUGCUGCCCGUGGCCACGCAGAUUCAGCAGGAGGUUAUCAAAGCUUAUGGCUUCAGCUGCGACGGGGAAGGUGUCCUUAAGUUUGCCCGCUUGGUCAAGUCUUACGAAGCCCAGGAUCCCGAGAUUGCCAGCCUGUCGGGCAAGCUGAAGGCGCUGUUCCUGCCGCCUAUGACCCUGCCGCCCCACGGGCCUGCUUCGGGUGGCAGUGUGGCCGCCUCCUGAGGGUUGGCCCUCCCGUGGCACUGCUGGGGAAGGGAAGACCUUGGUGUUCCGGAGGAUAUAAAUGUGCCUGUGACUUA